AUGGCGCACGGGAGCAGACUUGAGAGAGGUCAUGGUAGGCACUCGACUAGUCAGGGCCAAUUUUUUCGUGGUGGGCACCAUCGAAUGCGACACCAGUUGUCUGAAACCAGGGCGCCCUGGCGGCGAUUUCCAUGUUUCGUCGUUAUUGACCAUAUCGGCAUACGAGUAGAAGCUCAACGACGACCGGGACUGGUUGAGGCGUGGGGGAGAAACCGGGGAGUCGAGAGUCAGUGGCAGAAACUGCAGUUGGCUGUGGAUGGAAAGCGCCGAGUUUUUCCGAGACGGGGCAAAGGGGCGGCCGAGAGCAGCAUUGAGUCCCACUACCAGCGAGUUUCGCCGGUUGGAAUACACCAUUUCCACGUCGUCGAGAUUGGUGUUUUUGUUGGAGAGGAUCUGGGUGGAGGCAUCCAACGCCGGAGGAAUACAGUCCUCGUUUUUGAAAAACUGACCCAGCAACGAGAUCGACGAGUUGUGAGUACAGCUACGAGACCGAUUGACAUUACAACGGCUACACCGUGGUUGUUCUGUGACUUCCGGAGCCGGCUGAACAUUUUGAACCGACCGCUCAAAAAUCGGUUCUGCCGAGUCCUCGGAAGCGGGAAACUGCUCCUGGGCCACUUCCGACACUGGGCAGAUUCAUCGGAGACGAUAACUGGCCAUUUAUGUUGGAAACCUGUUUUGGGCCGACGGCCGAAACCAACGAUUCGGCAUCGUCUUCACCUCGAGGCAAAGCAAGUCCCAAGGAAAAGAGCGAUAGUCUGUUCUUGGUGGCCAUGCCGUUAA